GAUCGAAUGGAAAAAGUUUGUCUUAGUAUAGCAGGAAAGAUGGCAGAUUGGAUGUUUGAGCCAAUACAACGCGAACUUGGCUAUUUCUUUUGCUUCAACAAUAACAUUCAAGAGCUCGAAAAUCGACUAGACGAACUAAAAGCAACCAGAAACGAUAUACAAAGAAUGGAAGAUGCAGAAAAGAGGAUGGGGAAAACUCUGGGUGAUCGCGCCCAGUUGUGGAUUCAGAAGGCAGAUGGAAAAAUUGUACAAGCAGAGAGUGUUAUCAAUGAUAAGGCCCAGCUUAAAAAAGGGUGUUUCUCCAUCCGAUGGUGUCCUAAUCUAAUUUUGCGUUUUACUUUGGGCAGGAAGGGGAAGAAAUCAUCUUUGGUUCUCGUUGAACUUAUUCAAUCUGGUGGUGAGUUGCCACUCACGGGUCAUGUCUUACCCAUGCCGUCCAUAAAUAUGCGCGAUUACAAUGGAGAUGCUCGUGAUUUCGAUACUCGAAGUCAGAUUAUGGAAGACGUCAUUGAGAAGUUACAGGACGAAAAAACAAUGUUAAUAGGGAUAUGCGGGAUGGGAGGCAUUGGAAAGACCACAUUGUCAAAGCAAAUCCUCCAAAAGGUAAAAGACUCCUAUAAGAAUUUAUUUAACAUUCAAGUUAUGUCAAUUGUCUCGAGUAGUCCCAAUUUCAAUGCUAUCCAAGAAGAAGUCGCGGAGAUGUUAGGGUCUUCGCUUAAGAACGUAGAUGGUGAGAUUAUAAGAGCAGAACGUUUACGAAAUGCUUUUAGUAACAAGAAAGUUGUUGUCUUGUUGGAUGAUGUUUGGGAAGAGUUUGAUUUAAAUGCAAAAGGUUUUCCAUUAACAAAAUCAAAUGUUGUUGGGAGUUACUGUAAAAUUAUUUACACCUCUAGAACCCAAGGUUUAUGGUUAGGUGAACGAAACAUCACCAAACACGAAUUCUCUCUUGAAGUAUUGUCGCCUGAAGAAGCCUUCAAUUUGUUUAAAAGAAAAGUUGAUCUGCAGGAUGCUGAUAGUGAUUUCUAUCGAAAGAAUGAAAUAGCAAGAGAAAUUGUUGAUGAAUGUAAAGGACUUCCUCUCGCGCUUAUUGUAGCAGGAGGCGCUCUCAUCAAAAAAGGCACACAUCAAUGGGAUAAUAUGCUAAACCGGUUGAAUAAACACCAUGAACAUGACCAAGUGAUACAUGAGAUUUUGAAGACAAGUUACGACUUCUUAGGACACAAUGAAAGGUUCUUGUUCUUACUCUGCUGCUUAUUCCAAGAAGACGCAUAUAUUCCUGUUGAGAUUAUGUACCGUUAUGCAAUGGGUUUGAAUCUCUUCAAAGAUAAGAGUGUCCCAAAAGAACUAAGUUAUGAUGUGCACACUGUUGUUGAUAACUUAAUAAUGAAAAAUUUGCUGAUAAAGGUUGAAGAUGGCGAUGGUGAUGGCGAUGACAAAGGACGUGUAGUGAAGAUGCAUGAUGUGGUGAGAGAUGUGGGAAUUUCAAUUGCAAAACAAGAACAUAACGGUUUUAGUUUUCUAGAGUGCCAUGGUGUGCAUGAACAAGAGAUUGUCUUUGGCCCACACAUUAAGAUCAUUUCUAUAUUAUUGCAGGAGAGAAAUAUAAAAAUUCCUGAUAGAAUGGAAUUACGAUACUCAAAAUUGGAACUACUACGGUUGGAUGGUUCACGUUUUCACGGAUCAAAAAUUAAAAUGUCAGAAAAUUUAUUUCAAGGGGCGGAUAAUCUCAAAGUUCUCGAUAUAAUCGGCACUUUCAGCCAGAUUAGUGAGUUUCCAUUAUUUUCUUCUUUAGCCAAGUUGAAGAUGUUAUCCCUAGUGGGAUUGAGAUUGAAUAUAACAACCAAUGUAUCUUUUAUUCGACAUCUUAGUUGCUUGGAAGUCCUUAGCCUUCGAGAUUCAACCAUAAAUUUGUCCAACGAAAUAAGUGAGUUAACAAAUUUAAGAUUGUUGGAUUUGACUAGGUGUAAAUGUUUCAUAAUUAACGGUGUUCUUUCAAAGCUUACUAAUCUACAAGAAUUGUACAUGUGGGAAAGUUUUCAAGAUUGGAGGCUACAAAAAGAAGAUCGAAACAAUAAUGCAGCAGGACUUGAAGAGUUAAAUUACUUACAUAAAUUGUGGAAAUUGGAAUUGGAGGUACCUAACAUUGAAAAAGUUCCCAGAGGUGUUAGACUAUUCUCUUCUUUAACAUUAUUAGAACAAUUCAAGAUAAGAAUAGGAAGAAGAGGAAGACAAUAUAUUAAAUUUGUAAGUGGAGAAAGACAACUGUGGAUUGAUAAUGCGAGAAACCAUACAAGUAUCUUAUAUGAACUUGGGGUCUUAAUAGAAAAAAGCAUCACUAAUUUAUAUUUGUGCGAUUAUCCUAGCAUGUGGGAGAAGAUGCAUUUAAAAAACUUGCUAUCAUUGAAGGAUAUUGUGCUUAAACGUUGUGGAUCUCUUUUUCCACCCUCACCAUCAAGAAUAUCACAUAUUUCUGAUAAAGAAGAGGGUAAAACUGGACCUAAUUUUAGGAGUAUACAAAUACAUGGAUGCAAUCAAAUGAGACACUUUUGUUCUACAUCAAUAUCAAGAAAUCUCACAAAUCUUAAAGUUCUUGUUCUCCAACAAUGUGUGAUGACCGAAGAAGUUGUUAGUUUUUGCGAUAAGACAGAACAACUCAAUAAAAUUGAGUUUAAUGCUUUGGAAACUCUUAAACUUUGUGACUUGUACAGUCUGGAAUGUUUUUGCAAAGGAAUCAAUGUGAUUCAUUUUCAUAAACUAAAAACAAUGGAGCUAAAAGGAUUGAAGAAUUUUAUCUUUCCAACCAAGUUGGAAAUACCUUGCUUGGAAGAGUUGAGUAUGGAAUCUAUUCCAAGUAUUGAAACUUUGUGCAACAUCUUGCCACCAUCACUACAAAAGUUGGAAAUUAAUAAUUGUGACAACUUACAAUAUGUCUUCUCUGAUAGCGGGGUGAUUUCUCAUCUUAGAUUCUUAACCAUUAAAAAUUGUAAAAUGUUAAAAGGAGUUAUGGGAGUAACAACGGGUGCAGAAAAACAACGGAGAAAAUCAAUUGAAUUCUGUAAUUUGUUGACAUUGGACCUAAAAUCCUUAGACGAACUGACGAGUUUUUUCAUCGACCUAAACAAUUUAGGUGACGAGGAGAAAAAGUCGCAAAGUGCACUGUUUUAUGACGAUGAAUAUCAGGUCUCGUUUCUUUGCUUAGAAGAGUUGAUAAUAGAGGAAUUGGCAAAGAUAAAUUAUAUAGUAGGAUGGAAAGAGGGAGGGAGACAAGGAGGAGGACAUCAUCAUCAUAAGAUAUUUCCUGUAUUAGGACAACUGAAGAUUAUUCGUCUAAACAAUUUAAUACAUGUGUAUGAAAUCAACGAGCAGCCAGGACUAGGAGUGCUUUUAUUUCAAAACUUGACAUGGAUGGAAGUUAAUGGAUGUGGGAAAUUGAGAUAUUUGUUUUCGGAGAAUAUAGGUAAAGUUGCUGCCAAGAACCUUGAAUGGCUAGAAAUCUCUAAUUGUGGAAUGAUGGAAGUGAUGAUGAAAUCUCUAAGGGUGGCUAUCAAACACACCCUAAUAGAGGGUGAUGAUGAUAAAGCUGGAGGAAGUAAUAAUUCUGUCGACGGAAAUAGUCGUCAUUUCUUUCCACUCCUUAAGAAAUUGAGACUUGGGAAUCUAUCAGGUUUGAGGAGCUUUAGUGAUGUUGCUUAUACUUGGGCCUUGCCAUCACUAGAGGAAUUAAUAGUGCAAGAAUGCCCCAAGCUAGAGGCACUCUCUUCCGGCUACUUGGAUUCUCCAAGGCUGGACCAUCUCUAUUAUGAUAAUGAUAGAGAAAGAGUAAAUGUAAAGAAUACUUGGAAAGCUCUUGAGGAUGUUGCUGAAAAUGCGGAAGCAUCGAAGAAGCGGAAGAGACUCAACGCGAAGGCAGAAUUUGUGUUGAAGAGGUCAAUCUCCCAUAAUCUGUUUGAGCACAUCAUCGGUUGUGGAUCUGCUCGUGAGAUCUGGGAAACGCUUGAUCGUCUUUUCAAUAAGAAGAACGAGGCUCGUCUCCAGAUGCUUGAAAACGAGUUGGCAGCCGCAAAGCAAAUCGGAUCUGUCUCGGAGUUCUUUCUUAAGGGAAAGUCGAAGAAGGAAGAAACAGGUCAAGAUUCUUCAAAUACUCCUAAGAAGUCCCUUAAGUGUUUCAGGUGUGGCAAGACUGGACACUUCAAAAGAGACUGUCGAGUAAAUUUGAAUGGAAAUUUUGUUGGUUCAAAUUUCGGAGAAAAGUCUAACCAGCGUGUUGAGGAGGACUGGGACAAGGCUUUUCAUGUCGAUGUGACGACUUCGAAGGAAAAGAAAACAGAGGCUUCUCAUGGUAAACAGGAGAUCGAUCAAAGGUGGAUCGUCGAUUCAGGGUGCGGACAUCAUGUUACUGGAGAUGGUUCUGUGUUCUCGUCGAGUCGAGUUCAUAAUGGGAGCGCUGGCAUUGUCACGGCUGAUAACUCGGUUCACGAAGUUAAAAAGGAAGGAUCAGUUGUCAUUGAAAGCGAUAAAGGAGAAUCUAUUACUCUGAAGAAUGUCUACCACGUUCCAGGAAUUCAGAAGAAUCUCUUCUCGGUUGCAAAUGUUGUAGACGCUGGAAAUUUGGUGUUGUUUGGUCCAAAUGAUGUGAAGUUCUUAAGGAACGUGAAAGAAAUCAAGGCGGAUGUGGUCCACACUGGAACUCGGGUAAAUGAUCUUUUUGUCCUUUCAGCUUCAAAUUCGUACAUAGAAAGGGUGAAUGACAAAAGCACCUCUUUUCUAUGGCAUGCAAGACUUGGGCAUGUCAAUAUGACUAAGCUCAGUGUUAUGUCUCGAAAGAAACUUGUCGAAAGUCUACCUGAAGAUCUGAGAAUUGAGGAGGGCAGUGUGUGUGAAGGAUGUCAAUAUGGGAAGGCUCAUCGACUUCCUUUCGACAACUCUGUAUCGAGAAGUAAGGGUCCUUUGGAUUGA